AUAUUUAAACGAGUUAGUUCUUCACUUUUUGUAGUACACAACCCAUAAGCCAUAACCUCCAUUUCUUUCUUUCUUACAUAGCUUAGCUAGCUGGACAUAUACAAUCGUCAAAUAUGGAAGUGACGGUGGCGAGUUGGGUAGCACUGAGCCUUGUUUUUGUUAGCAUAAUAGUAAGAUGGGCAUGGAAUAUAUUGGAUUGGGUGUGGCUGAAGCCGAAGAAGCUGGAAAGAUGUUUGAGGGAGCAAGGCCUCAAAGGCAACUCCUACAAACUUCUUAAUGGAGACAUGAAGGAGAACUCUAUCAUGCUCAACCAAGCAAAAUCAAAACCCAUGAAUCUCUCCACCUCCCAUGACAUAGCACCGCAAGUCGACCCUUUCGUUGAUCAAACAGUGAAAACUUACGGAAAGAACUCUUUUGUUUGGAUCGGCCCCAUACCAAGAGUGAACGUAAUGAAUCCAGAAGAUUUGAGAGAUGUCUUCACAAGAAAAGAUGAUUUCUGUAAGCCAGUAUCAAACCCACUUCUUAUGUUGCUAGCAAAAGGUCUUGUAUUCUAUGAAGGUGAUAAAUGGGCAAAACACAGAAGGAUUAUCAACCCAGCAUUUCAUUUCGAGAAGCUCAAGCUUAUGAUACCGGCGUUCCACCAAAGUUUUGAUGAGAUGAUCAAGGACUGGGAGAGCUCAGUGUCAAAAGAGGGUUCAUCUGCUGAGUUGGAUGUCUGGCCUUCUCUUGAAAAUAUGACGGCAGAUGCGAUCUCUAGAACAGCAUUUGGAAGUAGUUCUAAAGAAGGAAGAAAAAUAUUUGAACUCUUGAGGGAGCAAGCAGUACAUGUAACAAAAGCCACACAAAGCAUUUACAUUCCAGGAUGGAGGUUUCUACCAACUAAGAUGAACAGGAGGAUGAACGAGAUUAACAAAGAAAUAAAAGGUAUACUCAAGGGUAUUAUUGAGAACAGAGAGCGGGCCAUGAAAGCAGGUGAUGCCACUAAAGAUGACCUAUUAGGGGCACUUCUGGAGUCAAGCUUGAAGGACAUUCAGGGUCAUAGGAAGAACAAUAAAAAUUUUGGGAUGAGUAUUAAUGAUGUAAUUGAGGAGUGUAAGUUAUUUUACUUUGCUGGGCAAGAGACCACUUCAGUGUUGCUGGUUUGGACAAUGGUUUUGCUUAGUCAAAAUCAGGAGUGGCAAGAUCGAGCAAGAGAAGAGGUUUUGCAAGUCUUUGGGAGCAACAAGCCAGACUUUAACGGCCUAACUCACCUAAAAGUUGUAACCAUGAUUUUACACGAAGUUCUUCGACUAUACCCAGCAGUUGUUGAACUUAAUCGAACCAUUCCCAUGAAAACUCAACUUGGGAAGUACUCACUACCCGCAGGAGUCGAAGUCCGCUUACCAACACUGCUCAUUCACCACGACAAGGAACUAUGGGGUGAUGACGCAGACGAGUUCAAGCCAGAUAGGUUUUCAGAAGGAGUUUCCCAGGCAACUAAGAGCCAACUCUCAUUCUUCCCUUUCGGAGCCGGUCCUAGAAUUUGCAUUGGACAAAACUUUGCUAUGACGGAAGCAAAAUUGGCCUUAGCAUUGAUUUUGCAACACUUUACGUUUGAGCUUUCUCCAUCUUAUACUCACGCUCCUUCGAAUCUUAUAACCCUUCAACCACAGUAUGGUGCUCCUAUUAUUUUACAUCGACGUUAAGCAGUUGUGUACCAAAAUAAUAAUAUCAACGAUUUUGCACUAAUAAUAAGCUAGCUUGUAGCUAGCACAUUUUAUUCUUCUCUCGAUUUCAUUUAGCUUUUAUUUGAUA